AGUUCAAUGUUACACAGUCGAUAUCAGUCAAAAGGUGUUCUUCGAAGCUACCGGAGCGAUCGGCGCAAUCUGAACUCCAAUCCAAGAGCGCUGAUUAUCAGACACCAUGGACGUGGCCGGUAGCGUGGGAUCUGGUAAGAAGUUCGAUCGAGUGGACGCCAAAGGGACCUCGAAUCAGUCCGACAGCGAGUCGGAGGAUGCCAAACCCGUCAAGAAGACUACCGAUGGAAUCCCGAAGCGGAAGGGAUCCAUCUAUCUGGACACUCCGAACGGUCCGAACACCAAAGUCUACUCGAUGAACGGGGUGAAACGCGGGAAAGUGCUCAUCUUCAACCAAGUCACCUUCGAAGAUACAAGCUAUGACAAACGUUCUGGAACGCACAAAGACGUUGAACGUUUGUUUCAUGUUUUGCCCCGGCUGGGGUUCCUGAAGGAAGAUAUUCAUGUGUAUGAAGACUACAGCUACGGUGAGAUCCAACGAGCCGCCAUGAAGUUGGAGUUGGACGAGGAAUUGCACCAAGCGGAUUGCCUGAUGGUGUUUAUACUGACACACGGCGAAGCGAAUGACAAGUUGAUGGCCCAGAACGAUUCGUACAAUUUGUACGAAUUUCUGGAGCACUUCACCCCAACAGCGUUGAAAUCGAUGGCCGGGAAGCCGAAGUUGUUCAUAGUCCAAGCAUGCCGCGGCCGGAAACUGGACCGAGGGGUACAGUUGCGUGCUAAGCUCAUCCAAGCAGACUGCGCCAAAGAUGUUGUCGAUUCACAGUCGGUAGUUUACACCUACCCGGAGUUUGCCGAUUUGCUGUUGGUGAUGAGUUCCCACCACGGCCACUACUCGUUCCGCAACGAGACCGGCAGCUGGUUGAUUCAGGAGUUUUGCAAUGUGAUCGAAGAGUGCGACGAGCUGGCAACAACCUCCAUCUAUGAUCUCCUGACGGAAACUAACAGGGCCGUAUCGAUGCGGAUCAGCAGCGCCGAUGGGGAUAAGGAUAAGAAGAAACAGAUUCCCAGCUUCUACUCGACGCUGACCAAGAAACUGUACUUCAGUCCCAGGAAAUGAUGUGAUGCGCUUUCGAGUUCCGCUUGCGCUCUCGGCGCAGUAUACGCAAAGACGAAAUAAAGACUUUCGGUAGUCCAACAUUGUUUGGCACAUGAGUUGAUAGAGCAAAAUCUAGAAUGCUGUAGAAAGUGUAUUGCGAUCUAUAAAACUUGGGCACUGAUCGUAGUAUACCAAGGAAGGUACCAGUUUUUAUUUCGUCUUUGGUAUAGGUUCGAACUCUAUGGGGCUCUGCACUGUUUUGAUAUUGUAUGGCAGUGGUCACCAAACUGCGGCCCGCGGGCCGCAUGCGGCCCUUGAGAAGGUUUUGUGCGGCCCGCGAAAGGAUUUUGAUUAUUAAUGUGAUGCGGCCCGCAUGUAAUAAUUUUUAUUCAUGCUGAUGUUUAAUCCUUUGCUCUUGCAACUUUCCUCCUGGAAAGUCUGUCAUUGAAAUUAUGUAAAAUGUGUCUGCGUUCAUCAAUCUUCGUGGCAUGGAGUAAUGAAUGAGAAUUUGCUUUGACUCAUUCAAAGGUUCAAAGUUUCUGAAAACCCUGAUUUUUUAAAAUGUUAAUAAGAAGGCUAAGGGCCUGAAAAAAUAUUCAAAUCUCUAAAAAUCUUUCUGCUGAACAUAUUUCAGUUUAAAAAAUUUAACCAGUAUCUUCGUCUUGCAGAGGUGUCCCCAGAACGCUGAUAUUUUUCCAAAGAUUUUUUUUUAUUUUGACUUCAAAAAGGUCUCCUAUUUCUGUAAAACUUUGAAGAUUAUGUUAUUUGAAAUAUUUGAAUAUGGAUUGCUUUUUGAAUGGUUGAGGAGCCCAAAUGCAAAGAGAUGUACAAUAUUGGACAAUACAUUUGCAAAUUUUUCGACCUUCCAUAAAAAAUGAUCAACUUUUGUGGGAUAAAUCUCAGUUAUUUAUAGUCCGAUAUGAAUAACAUUUACACAGCAUUUCGGAAAUUGCUUAGGUGUGAACAUUUUCAAAAUAUCAAAAAUCAAGAGAUUAAAAAUAAUAUUAAUCCGAUUGAAGUGAAUUCACGAAAAUAAUUUAAACGAUUUAUCUCAAAAUAUAAGAGACCUAUGCAAGUAUCUUCAACAUAAUUAUUAAUUUCAAUUAAAUGUACAACUUUGAUUGAUACAAAUUUGAUUGAAUAUACUAUCAAUAUAUUCCAAUUUUUUUGGUUUGUGUAAAUUUUGAAAUUUGUCGAAAAAUUUAACUCGUAAAAGUAAAAAAUGUAACAAAUACAUAAUAAAAUUCAAGUUAUGUUAAAAUUUAAUAAAAAUCGAUCCUUUAAAAAUAUUAGACUGUUUUGCAUUAUUAAUCGAAAAAGUUGAAAAUACAUUGUCCACAAUAGUGUAAGUGAAAUUUUGAUCGAAUUUUAGUAAAGUGUACUAAUAAAGCUAUGUUCCUAGCUUUUACAAAGUAUUUCAAGGAGAGAUUUUUCGUCAUGAAUUAUUUUAUAUUAGCUAUCAUAAUUCAUCGAAAACUUGGCAUUGUUUCUCGAUAACUUAUACCUUUGCUUUCAAACCCCUACUGCUUCGAUCAUAAAGUUCCCAGAAAUGUAUUAUCCGUUUGUAUAGACAUAGGGAUUGCAAUCCCAUUGAAAGCUGCUAAAAUUAAUCCUCAUAAAUCUUACGGCCCGCGACUUAUUUUGAAAGCGUUGAGAUGGCCCGUGUUAUCGGUUAGGCUGAGGACCACUGUUGUAUGGGAUUUUGACGUUUACUGGCCUUGUUGUUCACUAAUUUCAUGGAAGAGUGAAAGAGAGGGAUUGAUUUUUGUGCAGAGCCCCACUGUUUAGGACAAACCACUAUGAAUAUUAUAACAGAUUAGUAGGCUGUGGAUAGGUAAGGGUCAUCGACAUCAGCAAAAUGAUUGCCAAGAAUCCAACAGAAGAGAAAAACAUCAUUCAUAUUGAAUUUUGGUAUAUAUUUACCCCAACAAGGGAACAUACUCUGCAUGUUUCCAAAAUUUCUAUUCCUAUUCUUACCCUUCUGAAUAUCGGUAGUUUCUACCGAAGUUUAAGUAAAAUAUAUACUGAAAUUACGAAAAAAAAAUCAUUAACUUUUGGCUGUGGACACUGGAAGUGGAUUCAAUAACUAAUAUUCAGCACAAAAGAUUGGCGUUAAGUUGAAUAGUGACAUUUUAUGUAUUUAAGUAUGCGAAUUAAGGUAAUUUAAGGAGAUUGAGCAUUUUAUAUGCGCGACAAAAGAACGAUCUGGUCUCUAUAUCUACACAACAAUCAUACAUCAGCUCAAUACUGCAUGCUAUUAUUCCCCAAAUGUUAUUCCACAAAUAUAUGAUUAUUCCCCAGAUAUAUGACAUUUGGGGCGCUCCCGAACUUUUAGUUGAACUUUAAAUAAAUGCAUAUUAAUUCUUCAA